UUUGUGAUUUUUUUUCCCUCUUUUUUUUAGGUACAUCAAAUUACGGAAUGGCUUGCAGGCACUUUUGAUUUCAGACCUAAGUAAUAUGGAAGGUAAAACAGGAGAUGCAACAGAUGAUGAGGAAGACGACGAAGAGGAAGAAGAAGAAGACGAUGAUGACGAUGAUGAUGAUGAAGAUUCUGGAGCUGAAAUAGAAGAUGAUGAUGAAGAGGGUUUUGAUGAUGAAGAUGAGUUUGAUGAUGAGGAUGAACAUGAUGAUGAGGAUCUUGAUACUGAGGAUAAUGAAUUAGAAGAAUUAGAAGAGAGGGCAGAAGCUAGAAAGAAAACCACUGAAAAACAGCAAUCGCAGAGCCUGUUUUUGCUGUGGUCAAAGCUGACUGAUAGACUGUGGUUUAAGUCAUCUUAUACAAAAAUGUCUUCAACCCUGGUCGAAGCAAGAAAUCUUUAUGGGGUAGUUGGAGCUGAAAGCAGGUCUGCACCUGUUCAGCAUUUGGGAGGAUGGCAAGAGGAGGAGCAGCAGGGUGAAACUGACACAGUUCUGUCUGCAGCGGCUCUUUGUGUUGGAGUUGGGAGUUUUGCUGAUCCAGAUGACCUGCCUGGGCUGGCACACUUUUUGGAACACAUGGUAUUCAUGGGUAGCUUGAAAUAUCCAGAUGAAAAUGGAUUUGAUGCCUUCUUGAAGAAACAUGGGGGUAGUGAUAAUGCUUCAACUGAUUGUGAACGUACAGUCUUUCAAUUUGAUGUCCAGAGAAAAUACUUUAAGGAGGCCCUCGAUAGAUGGGCUCAGUUUUUCAUCCAUCCACUAAUGAUCAGAGAUGCAAUUGACCGUGAAGUUGAAGCUGUUGAUAGUGGUAAGAGAAGUGCUUUAUAUCUUACGACUAUUUCUUGCAUUGACUAGUUAUUUAGCACAUUU